GUACUUUGUGGGACAAUAAAACAAAAUUGUUGUUGAAAAUUGGUGGGAGCUACGGCACAAGCCCGUUGUUUCUGAUAAGCGCAGGAAGCCAGGCAAAUUUAACUUGAACUACGGCGGAGGCAAAAAAGCUCGCUGCUGCUUCCUCCUUGUGUAUUUCUCUACCACCAAAAACCCAACCAACCCAUUUGUUUGCUUCAGAUGAUGGUGAACAUGGCGGACGCACCAAUUCAAACUCCCGUGACCGCUCCUCCCGUGACCCCUGGAAGUCGAUAUGAAAAGUCGCUGGGUCUCUUGACCACCAGAUUCGUUACUCUGCUCCAAAAAGCCAAGGACGGUGUCCUUGACUUAAAAGAGUCAUUCUUGGCCUUGCAGGCUGCCGACAUCCUUGCAGUUCGUCAAAAACGUAGAAUUUAUGAUAUUACAAAUGUUCUUGAAGGUAUUGGACUUAUAGAAAAGAAAACAAAGAACGCCAUUCAAUGGAAAGGAGCAAGUCCGGGUACAAACACAGAAGAAUUUGUGGCUCGGGUAGAAAGGCUAAAAGACGAAGUUCGAAGAUUAGAUCAAAUAGAAAAAGAUGUUGAUAAACAUCGCGGUUGGUUAGAACAAAGCUUUAGAAAUAUUACAGAAGAAUCUGGUAACUCCAAGUAUGCCUAUAUCCGUCAAGAAGAUAUCUGUGUAGCUUUCUCUGACCAAACCAUUUUAACUUUGACCAUACCUAAAGAUGCGAACCUAGAUUUUCCUCCGUCAGAAAAGAGCGGAGAUUCCAUCAAACAUAAAAUCCAUAUUAAGGGAAACAAAGAGCCGAUUGUAGGGUAUUUUGUUAACCCUGAACUUGAUGCACCAACUGUAAUUGUAGAUUUUCCCACCGCUUAUAAAGAUUGGUUGAACCGUAAAGGUCAGAGUAACAAGCAUGACUUUUCUGAGGAGGAAACUCAACGAAUUGACGAGGGUGUUGUUGCCAAAACUCCCAGUACUCGAAGUAGAGUUCCCGGAAGUAUGUCUCCAAAUAAAACAGUUGAGCCCGGCUCGUCUCCCCGGAAAGGGAGUGGUGGUGAAGCUUCCUCUUCUUCCAAACUCCAAGUCCAACCAAUUUCUACUCGACGCCAAGGGAAGCGACAGGCAGAGAGCCCGGUACCCGGAGAACAGAAGCCGUCGAAAAUAGAAAAACAUGACGAGCUGGCUGAAGGCCUAGAGCAACACUCUGACUUAAUUACAGUUAACCAAACUGAUUUGUCAAAGGCUGUGGCUGAAGCAGUGAUGGAAAGUGAAAAUGGUAGUAUUGAAAGAAUUCAAGUGGUUCCAGCAGAUAAUGACGAAGAGGACGACGUUGCUGCCGAGUUACCUGAUGGUUUUUACUCCACUUCCCUUGUUGGCCCUGUCUUAAGGCUCAGCCCUCCUCCUUCAGAACAAGACUAUAGAUUUACUUUAGCCAAACAUGAAGGAUUAUUUGAACUCUAUGACAUACGACGUAGCCAAACUAUUCAAAGCCACACGACAACUGUCACUGUCAGUGGUAGCUAAUCUCAAAAUAUCAAAAUCAAGCAUUUGUUUUUAUAUUUUUAGGUGUCAUAGCAUAUAUACCUUUUUAGACUUUGUAAAACCAGCUAAUUAAAUUAUUAAUUAUUACAUUCUGAUGUACACCUACUUGCGUGUUAACUUAUAAUAGAAACUGCGGUCUUCUUUAAUAUGUAAUUCUUGCUACACUGUCAACUGCUGGUUUUGUAAAAUCUUAUUCCUUAACAUGACCUUUAGCAUAGAUUAUGUGAUUAUUUAUGUUUUAUUCGUUUUACAUUAUAUCCUACAUAAACAUGAAUUUUGUUUAGGAUUUCUUCUCGUUUAAUUGUUAAUAAACUAAUUGUUUCAGACCAUAAAUAA